AUGACCGAAAACAAUCCUGUCAUCAUCCUGGACGAUGAUGAAGAAGUAGUUCAGGCUGCUGGUGUCGCUGUGCAAGCCAAUAUCAGAUCCAACUCGGAGCCAGUUUGUCCCAGCGAGGGCCCGCUUCGUGCAAGCCCACCCGCUGUUCGCUUUAACAGAGACUUUCUUCUCGCGGCCCCUCUCGCCGCAUCGUUGCUCUCCAGUGGAGAUGCUGGUCCUCCUCAUCCAUCCAGAAAUUCCCCUGGUAGGAAUCACAACAAUCUCCAGCAAGCAGAAAUUGAUGGGCCGAGUCAAGGGUCGACGGUCCUGUUCACCCUCAACACAUCAGAAUGGAUGAGGAAUGUCACCAAAGACUCAAAUUGCCUCCUGAAUUCUUCAAACCCCUUUCCUGUAGAGUCUCUUCCACCUUUCAUUGCCCUACAGCAGAAGCAGACAGGCCCGUCUGCUAUCGCAGAAGAAAAGGGACUUGCCUCUUCCCAACCAGAAUCAAGCAAACCGUAUACCAUUUCGCCCUUUGCAAGGGAAUUUUUCACAGACAUGGCUCGUACCAUCGGCUGCGUUUUCCCCUACGGCGAAUUCGCGCAAAAGUACAACUGUACUGUCGACCAGGUAAACAUAGCAUUGAAUGCAGUUGUCCUGGAACCGUUGAUGAAGAGCGAUGGAGUCACCGAUGACGACCUAGGUGUCAUGGAGAUUGAGCUUGAGCAGGGUCCCGGUGUGGACAAAAUAUGUGACAGCUACCUUAGAAAAAAGUGUCUCAAGCAGUAUGACACGGUUGUGCGAGAAUUUCAACGAGAGAAGCGGGCGGAAGCUUUCCCUCAGGAAUUUGAAGAGACUCUUUUCGUAGCGUUUGGAAAGCUGGAUGCGUAUUGGAAAGCCAAGAAUAUUGGGCUCAAGAUCCACAAGGCCCUUGAGGAUGCAAAGAGAGUUGCGAGGAAAGAAGCAGAGAAUCAAGCUCUCGCUGAACAACAACUGAGAAGUGUGGUGAACUGGGCAAAACUGCAGAUGCCGCUGCAGCAGCCGUCAACUAUGACCAAGACGACAAUUCCAUCAACUCUGCCAAUGCAGGAACAGAAGGGUGGGAAAGGCCACUGUGCCACUCCGAGUCGCAAGCGUGCAAGAAGUUCAUCAGACGAAACUGGUGAAGAAGAGGAUACCAGUGGAGCGAGCAGCAGCAAUCCUACGCCUUCGACAUCGCCACCGACCUUCCUGCAACUCUCCCCUCCGGCCAAGAAGAAGGCAAAGCUAACAGCCACCCAACCCACACCCACGUACCACACAGCACAAUAUAUCGAUCUUCUUUCUGAUCACCAUACAGCGCCAUGCAAUGAGAUCCAUAAUCUCGAUGGUCUCAGCGGCAUUGGCAACGGCAAUAUCAACAUGCCGGAAAAUCUGACAAUCCCCUAUUUAUUCGUAUCCGCGUAUCCGAUUACGCAGCAACCAACGUCUCUCCCCCGGUACCUAUAUGUCCCUACUGCAACCACAAACCUCGAGCCCAACCCCAACCCCAACUCCUCCAACCUACCAUUCUACUUCAUCCGAUCCAGCUCCCGACUUGACGUCACCGUCGACGAAUACGGCAGCUACCAGCCCGAAGUAUACCCAGGAGCAGAAAUCCCCAAACACGAAUACGGAGGGGCUCUCGAGAGUAUCCCUGUAGACAACAGCAAACUUGGAUGGCAAAGCCUUCCAGAGAAAUAUCGCGAGCGCUUCCUUAGAUUAUUAAACAACCACAGCGCCCCUGCCGAUGCGGAGGAUCCGACAAGCAGUGUAUUUUCGAACGAACUGCGGGAUAAGGCUUCCAGUGAAGUGAAGACACCAAAAAUACAAAAGAACUGGAGGGAUUAUGUGCCUUCGAGAGGGAUAUUUGAGUAUUAUGCGAGGGCGCUGGAGGAGGAGAGGGGGCAUAAAUGGUCUGACGAGUAUGAAAAGAGAAUUGAAGACCGUUAUCUCGCUGUGUCAGGCAAGGUUGGGAAGUAUAUAGAGAUGCUGGAGGCUCAAAGGAUGGAGGAUGUGCCUAAACUUGCUAUGGAGGCAGCGGUCAAUCAAGAAGGAGAGGAGCGUGAGAAUGCUGGGACUACUCUGGCACCAAUGGAGCCUGAUGUGCAGAUAUCUGAAGCCGCUCGGGAUGGCAAUGACAGGGAAAGUGACGGUGAAGAAGGGAAUGAAGAUGGUGAAGAGGGUAAAGAAGAAGAAGAAGAAGAUGAUGAUGAUGAUGAUGACGAGGGUGACGAGGGUGACGACGAAGAGGACAAAGAGCAAGAGGAUGAGUUAACCAAAAUGAUCCGAGAGCACUUGCGUGAUACCGACGAGUGGUAUAGACAGCUGGCGGAGAAUGUGGACGAUGAUGGAGGUUAUCGAGUAGGUCAAACUACAUAUCCCGUAGAGGAAGCCAAGCAGAAAGGGCAGGAGGGCGAGCUGAAAGAGGAAGGGCUGGAAAUCGAACAGGAAGAUACCCAGGAAUUUGAACAAGACGAUAACGAGGAUGAAGAACAGGACGAUGAUCAGGAUGAGGAUUUUGUUCCUUGA